AUGAUUACGGGCCGAAGGUUCCACGGACUAGGCGUGCACUGGUACGAGUAUUUGAAGGACCGUUCGAAUGCAUUUGCCUCCCACAGGUGGACUUCCCUGGACAAGUCCUGUAACUCGCUCGCGCAACAUGCUGGUCACAUUUUAUGUCGACAAAGGUAUCGCACCGCAGGGUGCACGCUUCCAUCGCGCAAGGGUUCUUUCAUGAUUAAGCCUGGUUGUGGGGCGCUGCAGGGCGACCCUUUUGCCGUGACCAGCUUUGUGCGCGCGUUUAAGGAGCUUGUUGAUCGAUGGACCGACCGUUGCCAAGAUGAGGGUCCUGGCGAGCAGUUCCUGUGGGCUACGUUCCCGUCGGUGCUGGAUCUCACUUCGGAGCCCGUCUACAUUGGACUCCAGAAGUUCGCUGGUGGCUGA